CAGAGGUCAGAGGGUUUUACUUCCUGUUCGGCGGCAAAGCGUGUGCUCUGCUGGAGAACGAAGAACAGACGUUUACAGACGAAAACACUUCUCAUUCAUUAAUCCACCCAACGCGUCCAGACAGACAGAGAUGAGUUUACCUCUGAACCCAAAGCCCUUCCUGAACGGCCUGACAGGAAAGCCCGUGAUGGUGAAGCUGAAGUGGGGCAUGGAGUAUAAAGGAUACCUGGUGUCUGUGGAUGGAUACAUGAACAUGCAGCUGGCGAACACAGAAGAGUAUGUGGAUGGAGCGUUGGCGGGUCAUCUGGGAGAAGUGCUAAUCAGGUGCAAUAACGUUUUGUACAUCAGAGGUGUAGAAGAAGAAGAAGAGGAUGGAGAGAUGAGGGAGUGAUGUUCCUGAGGGUCCUGGUCUUGUUGUUCUGAGUGUGACUGUGCGUUGUAGAUGAUGUUUGUUUGUGUUUUCACCAUGUGAAGCAGACGAACGCUCGGGUUUCUUUUUUUUGUUAUUCUUCAAACUGUCUGAAAAUAACUUCUCCUUUUUUUUUUUUACUGUUUGAGACCAAUUUUUAAGUUGUAACGUUGUGAUACAGA